AAAUGAAGGGAAGAAAACGUAAAAGACACACAGUUCACUGAGGGGAUUUUCACACCGUUUAGACACACAUACGAUUUUAUAUCGAGGUUAAAGUGAACAGUCCUCUGUUUAACACUUACUGUGAGCAAACCGCUGCGUUAUAUAGCUUUCCUUUUUUAUUUGGUAGUUGUUUGUCUGGAGGAGGUGGUUGUCGAGACGCUGUUUUUUCUCAGAGGAGAUGGCGACCUCAAACAAGCCGCUAACAUCUUUUUUUAUUGAAGAUAUUCUUUGUUUGAGGGAGGAGAAAGGAGAAGAGUCGCGAGGCGCUUCGGUCAGGAUUCACUCUGAGACUUCGUGGUCCAACGACGGCGAGGAGGACAGCGCUCUCCUGCUGUCCGUCACCGCGGCGGAGUCGCCGAUAACCCGGAGAACAGAUUCCACGGAUGGUUCCCAGGCAUGCAGUCCAGGCACCGGAACCGGCGGAGGCGGGAAACAGAAGCGCUCGCGCGCCGCCUUCACUCACGUGCAAGUGCUGGAGCUCGAGAAGAAGUUCAGUCGCCAGAAGUACCUGUCCGCCCCGGAGCGCGCGCACCUCGCCACGUCGCUGCGCCUCACAGAAACUCAGGUGAAGAUCUGGUUCCAGAACCGGCGCUACAAGACCAAGCGAAAGCAGCUCGCCACCGAAUACAGCAAAGACUGCUUCCACAAGCCCGAGCUGAGCGCCGGGGCGGAGGAGGACCUGCUCAGAGCCUCGCUGCUGGCCACCGUCUACAAGUCAUACCACCCGUACAGGCCCUGCGUGUACGAUCUACACGGACUGGGUGCGUGGAGACCAGCCGUGUGGUGACAGGACAGGGCUCACCUGAGAGUGAAUGUUGUACCUGUUACUGUAGCUCAGUGUUUUCCAGAUGGUCCAACCCAGCUGAAACGAACAGUUAAUUAACCUGAGAGAGAGGCUGGAAGACAUGGAAGAUAGUAGAUGCAAGAUGGUAUGGGGCAGCCAGUCAAGUGGGAUUGAAGACUACAUCCAUCUGCACAAUUUAGUACCCCACUCAGUUGAGGCUUAGGUUUAGUGACACACAGGGACUAUUUUUUGUGGUAGAUCAAAGACCUGUUACUCACAGUCCAGUCUUGACGGACCCGUCAAUGGUUCGGCAUGCCUGCUCUCAAUGCACUUGACUAAACCACACAAGAACUUUUGAGUAUUUGUGGGGAGUUAUGGAAAACAUGCCAUGCGGUUGGAAAACACUGUUGUAGUUCUUAUGUAAUUAUGUUUUAAUAUAAUGUGUACAGCUUUAUAUAUCGAUUGAAAUAAAACUAUGUUU